AUGGAUGCCUUCUGGGCAGCUCCCCCGGUCAUUAGGACCCUUACUGCCUUGACUGUGGUUCAAUCCGCUUUGAUGUAUAGCGGCUUAGUGAGCUUCUAUUGGGCGCUAUUCGUGCCGAGCCUGAUAUUCUCAUGGCGUCCGCAGAUCUUUCGGCUGGUCACCCCAUUUCUACUAACCGGACCCAGAUUAAGUUUCAUAUUUGAUCUAAUUCUCAUGUACCGCUAUGGCAGCGCUGCGGAGAGGAGCAUGGCCCCCGGAGAGUUCUUCAUUUAUCUCCUAUUUGUAGCUUUCAGCAUCAUGGCGAGGGAAAGCACCCCUGCAUCUGUGCAACACCAUCAUAAUUCGCAAAAUUCAGGUGUUGUGCAGCUCACUGCAGGUGGUUAUCUGGGACAGCCUAUCCUCCUGUCACCCUUGAUCAUGGCUUUUGUCUACACCUUCUCCCAGACGAACCGAGGAACAAAGACGAGGUUCUGGGUCAUCGACAUCCCGGUGGUACUCCUGCCGUAUGCAAUGAUUGUCGUCGGCAUGGUGAUGAACGGAUGGGAGCACGUGCUGUCAGAUCUCACAGGAAUUGUCGCUGCCCAUACUUAUGAUUUCCUCACACGCAUCUACCCGACUUUCGGGGGUGGAAGAAACUUCAUCCCUGUGCCCCGCUUCGUGGAGAGAUACUUCACCGACCACGACCCCAACAGCGGAUACCGACCGUAUGGAACGGCGAGCCGCGCACCAAGGCCGGCUGAGCCCUCGUCGGCAUCAGGAUCAUCCUGGAGCAGCUGGACCUCUUCGAGUUCUUGGAACGGCAGAGGCGCUGGCCGAAGACUAGGUUAG